AUGUACACCCCACACCCUAAAUGGGAGACAGAAAGAGACAGCCUCAGACGGAAGAGACUGCAGCAACUGCAGCAGCAGCAGCUGCAGCAACUGCAACAGCAACAGCAGCAGCAGCAGCAACUACAGCAGCAGCAGCAGCAUCAGCAGCAGCAGCAACAGCAACUACAGCAGCAGCAACAGCAACUACAGCAGCAGCAGCAGCAGCAGCAGCGGCAGCAACUACAACAGCAGCAGCAACUACAGCAGCAGCAGCAGCAACUAGAACAGCACAGCAGCAGCGGCAGCAACUACAACAGCAGCAGCAACUACAGCAGCAGCAGCAGCAACUAG